UUCUUUUCUACGUCGACCCGGAGAAGCCGGAACAACAGCGUGUGGGCCUCGGGUAACUCUGAACGCUCCUAAACUCUGCUAAAGCUCUACUCGACAUUAGUGUUUAUUAAUACAUGUAGAUAUUUAAUCGAUUUUUAGGCCUGCGGUGUGACAAUGGGAGCCAACAACAGUACCCGCCGCGUGUCAUUUGAGUCGGACGAGAACGAGAAUGUGACAGUUGUGAAGGGCAUCAGGCUCUCGGAGAACGUCAUCAAUCGAAUGCGGGGACCUUCUAUGGCCCCUCAUCCACAACCUGUUACUCCUCCACCAUUUGAUCCCAUUCCCUCCUUUCCUCCUCCACCAGUUCCACCUCCCAAGGACAACAUAGCACCUCCUGCUCCACCUCCUCCUCCUCAACCCGAGCAGGUGGUGCAGUCAGAAUCUUCUCCUCCUAUCAAUCCAGUACCCCCAUCACCACCUCCUCCUGUUGCACCAGCAAUUGAUGAAGAAGCCCUGAGGAAAAGGAUCAGUGCUGAGCUCUACGAAGGCUUGGAGAAGCAGAGGGUCAAGACAAAGCAAGACCUGCAGGCUUGGCUCGAGGCCGAGAAGUCCCGCGCCUCGGCCCAAGCUCGGGCCGAGGCCAAGCGUCACGCGGAGGACGAGGUGUCCCGCAUUCUUUCCGCCGAACGCGCCGCGGCCGAAGACGGCAUCCAGCAGGCCGCCAUCCGGGAACGCAUCGCCGCCGAGGAAGAGAAGCGCCGCGCCCAGCUCUAUGCGAAGCAGCUGGAGGCGAAAGAGGCCGACCUGAACAAGCAGGAUGCCUUCUACAAGGAGCAGUUGGCUCGGCUGGAGGAGAGGAGCGCUCAGUUGUACAAGGUCACCACGGAGAACUACCGACAAGCCGCUGACCAGGUGAACGCCAAGUUCAAGCGCUACGAGACACACCCGGUGUGCGCCGACUUGCAGGGCCAGAUCCUCGCGUGCUACCGAGAAAACGCCGGGCAGACCCUCCACUGCUCCAACAUCGCAGCCAUGUACCUGCAGUGUGUCAACAACGCCAAACAGACCAAGUUGAGGACCGGGGGUUAAAGAAAGAACGGCAAUACCAACGGUGGCGCAGUCAAGUUUAUUGUGUGGGAUUACCGAUGAUCGACCGAGCGGCAAAAAAAAA